AUGACCCUUGUGGUUCUUGCGACCGUCCUCCUUUUAAGUGGCACAGCAGUGUCUAAUGCCGAUCGGGCCAGUGUGCUGAACGUGGACGCUGUUCACUCCUCGAAUAUUCUCACUGCCGAGGAAAAGAGAUUUCUUCGAAGUCACCAGACGACGGAUGACGAAGGCGAAAAUAACGAGCACGUCGGGGAAGAGAGGGCUGGUGGGGCUAAUUUGCUCGCUGGGCUGAAGCUGCAGAAAAUGGGGCGCGAUACAUCUUACCGCGAUAAGGUGUUCCAGCGUUGGAAAAACUAUGGGAAAUCCGUGGAAGAUGUAUCAGACCAUGUGCCAUCAUCUCUCACACAAGCGUUCGAAAUAUACUUGAGAAUGCGAAAGAAUACGGGGAAGGUGUACACUCGUCCCCACCGCCAGAUCAAACCACGUUAG